UCGAAUCCGCCCUUUCUCUCUCUUUCUCAUAAAAAACGAAACCCUUUUUGCCCUAAUACACUUUACCCCUUUCUCAUACUGAAGCCCUAAAAUUUGUUCCCCUCCUUCUCCGUCUUUCGUUCCCAUUUCUCGAGUAAACUGAGUAGAAUUUGUGAUUACUAUCUCAAACCUUAGGAAAACUCCCAAAUCCGAGCUGCACGAAUCUUCAACUAGAAAUUUGAGAAGCUUAAACCCGCUGUUGAGGAGGUCGAGCACGUGGUGGCGCUAAUGCUUCUCCUGUGAAGGUCAAAGACGGUGUUGUGACUGUCCUAAAGACUACUUUGGUUGAGUUUUACUCAACUUUGGGUGAUGUGAGUAGCUCAAGAAGGGUGUUCGAUGAUAUGCUUGAAAGAGAUGUUUUUGCUUGGACUACAAUGAUUUUGGCCCAUGUUCAGGAUGGGGACAUGGCUUCUGCAGGAAAGCUACCAUGUCAUCUCUGGGAACUUCCAAAGGGAUUCUAGAAAUUGCCAAGUUUGGUGUGUAUGUGACUGUACCAAUCAUUCUCAUGUACACUUUUGCCAACAAUUCCAGCAACCUCCGCAAGUUCAUGGGAAAUAGGUCAUACAUUGAAUAUCCACCAGAGGCAGAAAGGCCACCAUCACCUGAUGAACUUAGGCAAAUGGCACGGGAGAUUGCCCGUAGGAGGAACAAUACUUGAUGUUCCAUGUAGUUCGUGCGGGGACUGCCUAAAACUUCUGUUUUAUCUUCAAAUCUGAAGAAAAAUAAAUGAUAUUGGAGAUUCUGUUGUAUCUGUUAUUAAUAUUUUUCAUAUUUUCUAGUUGAGUGGUGUGUUAUUUUUAUUGGAAAAUGACUUUGGGAUUCAUUGGCUGAUCUUGUGCAUCUUGGAUUUGUCAUGCUUCGAAGAUCUAACAAUGAAACCAAUUUACGAAGGUUUGCAUGUGUUCUUUUUCUGUUGCUUCGUAAUGGAGGCGUCUUUUAAUUUUCUUCGAUGAAACUUCUUGCAGAGAAAAUAGUGUAAUGUAAGCGAGUCAACAUUAAAUGAUUUCUUCAUAAAAUGAUAUAAAUUGUUGACAUUUCACAUUUAC